AUGGCUAGCAAUGAAAACUGCUGCGCGGAAUGUGACCGCCCCGACUGGGCGGAAGACAUGGUCCAAUGCGACGAAUGCCAAGAUUGGUACCAUUUCACGUGUGCUGGAGUCUCGGGUACAGUAUCUUCGCGGAACUGGUCAUGUAGAAUCUGUCUCCCGAUCAGUGUUAGCAGCAGAAGUUCCUCCAGACGGUCGGGUCGUAUGCUGCUAGAAAAGCAGCGCCUAGAAGAAGAGCAAAAGCUUCGACGAAACCGUUUUUUCCAAGAAAAGGAAUUGGAGAGAAAGAUGAUCGGAAUGGAACUAGCUGCAGAGCGGAAGCGUAUCCUAGAAGAAGAGGAACUUGAGCAAUCAUUUCUAAAAGAGAAGUACGAGGUACUAGAAAGGAUGCAAGAGGAGGGAACGGAUAGACGAAGCGUUAUCAGUAAAGCAAGCAGCACUCCAACGAGUGUAGAAAAGGUCAGUCAAUGGAUGGGAAAUGACGGACAUAAGGAGCCCAGCUUCAGCACGAACGGUGCGAACAAGAUGGCACCAAAUCCGGAAGUCUCGCAGCUGAAUACAAACAACUCAAUCUACACUCCUCCCACACCGAUACACCGGAGCUCGAUAUUAACGAAGCCAAUCAUUCCUGUAUCUAAGCCGAUUGUACAAUCCCAAGUGUUUCGUGGGUCCUCCACUAAGGAAACCUCGUUGCAAAGAUCUCCUCAAAGCGUCAGAUCAGGGUCAACACUGUCACAACCACCUGAUCCAUUUCCAGACUCAGAGCGCAAUCAUCGUGGAGCAAAUAUUAGAAAAGCAAAGCCGCCCAUACAUGCAUCUGAUCCGUUGUUGCCAGUUACACCGUUGCCAUUGCCUGAAGCCGAAAUGCAAUCAACGGUGCCGUUGUUACCUUCACUGGAACCUCAGUUACUUGCUCCGCCACUUUCGGAUUCCUAUUUGAUUCGGGACAUUCAAGAACCUUCGUCAAUGCAGCUCGCGUCUCGACGGGUUAUGGCGCGCGACCUUCCAGAGUUCGACGGAAAACCUGAAGACUGGCCAAUAUUUAUUAGCCAAUACAACGUCACCACGCAGAACUGCGGAUUCAGUAACGCAGAAAAUUUAAUUCGCCUGCAACGAUGCCUUAAAGGGCACGCUCGUGAGUCUGUACGCAGUCGACUGCUUUUACCCGAGUCCGUGCCCAACGUGAUUGAAACCUUAAGGAUGCUGUAUGGACGCCCCAGUAUCCUGAUUAAGACCCUUUUGAAUCGAGUUCGUCAAGCACCCAUACCUAGAUUGGAACGCCUCGAGACAUUGAUCGAAUUUGGAAUGGAGCUUCAGGGGCUAUGCGAUCAUUUAACAGCAGCAGGAGAAGAGGCACAUUUAAAUAAUCCGUCGUUACUCCAAGAACUGGAGGACAAGCUACCAGCUCAGUUGAAGCUACAGUGGGCCAUGCAUAAGCGUGCGGAUUCUAAUGUGACUUUAAAGACUUUUGCCGAAUAUAUGUCUCUAAUGGUGUCGGCGGCAAGUCAGGUCACUACCUUUGUUAAGGAUUCUAACGAUUAUCGAGAAAAGGAUCGAAAAAAUAAACAAAAGGAGAAGGCUCUGGUGCACGCUCAUAGCGUCGAUAAAGAAAUCAAAUUUCCUGCCGGGAAACAGAGCAACUCUGAGCGAGGGUGUCUGUCAUGUAAUCAGCUAAAUCACCGAAUUAAAGAGUGUAAGCAGUUCCUGGACCUAACAGUGGAUGGUCGUUGGCAAAGAGUACACCAGCUGAAACUUUGCCGGACGUGCCUCAAUCAACAUGGAAGAAGUCGAUGUCGGCUGACCACCAAAUGCGGAAUUGACGGUUGCGACUUAAAACAUAAUCGGUUGUUGCACACAAAAUGUGAAAGUGGAACUACGCCCACAUCUUCCGCUGAGAAUCACUCUCAUCGGGAGCGAGGAUUCAAAACGCUAUUUCGCGUAGUCCCGGUCACACUGCAAGGGAAGAAUGGAUCGGUGAAUACCUUCGCUUUCCUAGACGAUGGGUCGUCGUUAACGCUCGUGGAACAGUCAAUCGUCGAUCAGUUAGGAGAAAGUGGGCCUUCAGGAGAGCUUUUUCUUACGUGGACUGGAGAUGUAUCCCGAUGCGAGGUUAACUCUCAAACAGUAUCGUUCAAUAUAUCGGGUGCGUCAACAGGUACUACAUUCCAGAUUCCGCGGGCUAGAACCGUAUCAAAACUCAAACUUCCAGUACAGACACUGGAUAUUAAGGCACUGACGCAACAAUACCCCUACCUGAAAGGCUUGCCAGUGGCGGAUUAUACUAAUGCAUCCCCCGGCAUACUUAUUGGUUUAGAUCAGCUUCAUCUUUCGUUGCCAUUGAAAAGCAGAGAAGGGAAACUAGGGGAACCAGUGGCAACAAAAACUCGUCUCGGCUGGUGUAUUUUCGGUUCAUCCAAUGCAGCAACGUCGUCUGGGCUAUCCUGUCACAUUCUGGAAGCAACAGAAAAAGAUUUACAUGAAAUCGUGAAAGCAUACUUUGGGCGGGAAGACGCCGGUGCGGGGCCGAUACCGGAGUCCGUUGAUGAAAUACGCGCAAGAAAAAUCCUAGCUGAGAGCACCGUACGAGUUUCCGGUCGGUUUGAGACUGGCCUAAUUUGGCGAUACGAUCACUUCGAAUUCCCAGAGAGUUACCACAUGGCCCGUCGUCGGCUGGAAUGCCUCGAACGCCGCCUAGCGCGUGAUGCGAUAUUACGAGAAAGUGUAAGCAAGCAGAUCCAACAGUACCAACACAAGGGAUAUGCGCACCCAGCUCUCGAGAAAGAGCUAUCAAAUGCAGAUCCGCGAAAAAUUUGGUAUCUUCCGCUCGGAGUUGUGACUAAUCCAAAAAAACCGGACAAGAUCAGAUUAAUCUGGGAUGCGGCUGCUAAGGUGGACGGUGUUUCGCUAAAUUCGGCUUUGCUGAAAGGGCCCGAUUUAAUGACUCCACUCGUAGGAGUUCUUUUUCGAUUUCGGGAGCGGCCAAUUGCGGUAAGUGGUGACAUCUGUGAAAUGUUUCACCAAAUUCGCAUUCGUGCUGAGGAUCGCCAUUCACAGCGCUUCUUAUGGCGCGAAAAUCCUAACGAAGAUCCGGACAUUUAUCUGAUGGACGUCGCAACAUUCGGGUCCACCUGUUCACCUUGUUCGGCACAAUAUGUUAAGAACAGAAACGCCGAAGAAUUCGCUUCCAAAUAUCCUAGAGCAGUCGAGACUGUUAUCCGAUCACACUACGUGGAUGACUUCUUGGACAGCUUCGAUACCAUCGAGGAAGCCCAGCGCAUUGCUGAGGAGGUCCGAAUGAUCCACAAACAAGGCGGAUUUGAAAUCCGUGCAUGGCUCUCUAAUAAGUCGGAAGUUGUGAGACAUUUGGGAGAAACGACAAUUACGGCUAUAAAAGAGCUCACCAUGGACAAAGAUACAGUACCCGAGCGAGUACUUGGCAUGCGCUGGAUGACCAUAGACGACGUGAUUGGAUUUUCGACAGAAAUGCGUGCUGACAUAGCAGCGAUCAUCGAACAAGGUCUGAAACCGACUAAACGACAGGUGCUACGAUGUGUCAUGAGCCUUUUUGAUCCUCUUGGGCUCCUGGCGGCCUACCUGGUACAUGGUAAGAUGCUCAUUCAGCAAAUUUGGCGUUCCAGAGUGGACUGGGAUGACCAAAUCGACGAACCGGCUUUCGAACGUUGGAAAAAAUGGACAGCCUUUUUGCCCCUGGUUGAAACAAUAAAAAUUCCGAGGUGUUAUAUUACAGGAGUCGCUUCAGGUUUCAUUCGUUCUGUACAGCUUCACACCUUCGUUGAUGCAAGCGAAGAGGCUUGCAGUUGUGUGGCGUAUUUUCGCUUUACAACGACCGACGGCGCUGUAACCUGUGCUAUGGUGAUGGCAAAGACAAAAGUAGCACCACUAAAGCCGCUGUCAAUACCGCGCCUUGAGCUGCAAGCGGCGGUCCUAGGUGCUCGUGUAACUAAGUUCAUCUCUGACAAUCACUCGUUCAGUAUCGAGAAACGGUUCUUUUGGUCGGACUCUAGCACGGUAUUGGCAUGGAUCAGGUCGGAUGGCAGGAAAUAUCGACAGUAUGUCGCCUGUCGUAUCGGAGAAAUUCUUACGCUAACCGAUAGUAACGAAUGGUACUGGGUGCCGAGCAAAUUAAACGUCGCAGAUGAGGCAACGAAAUGGCGGAAUGGAGCUUGUUUGUCAUCCGACAGUGCAUGGUUCUGUGGACCGAAUUUCUGCGAGGAAUCGGAAGAGAAAUGGCCGGAUCAAAGCCGAGAUGGAUUAUUUACGACUGAAGAGGAGCUCCGUCCUUGUCACAUACAUGGAGUACCAAAGCGAGUUUCAAUCAUCGAUUUCAACCGUUUCUCACGUUGGAGCCGCCUACUUACAGCCGUAGCUUACGUGAGGAGAUACAUACACAACCUACGAGCAGCCCCAGAGUGUCGAAACUUGGGCCAACUUGGACAAGAGGAGCUGUUGGUUGCAGAAAAUACUAUAUGGCAAAUCUGUCAGGAACAUUCAUUCUCGGACGAGUUUGCGUUAUUGCUCGCAGGUAAACCAACGAUUGCGCUUCCUAAGGAAAGUCGGAUUUACAAAUUCUCACCGUACAUGGACGAAAACAGUGUACUUCGCCAAGAUGGCCGGAUAGAAGCGGCAACUCACGUUGGAUUCGAUGUCAAGUAUCCCAUCAUCCUACCUUGUGAGCACCGAGUUACGUUGCUAAUGAUCGACGAUUAUCAUCGAAAGUAUCUUCAUGCGAAUUCCGAACUAGUUGUAAAUGAAAUAAGGCAAAAAUUCAAAAUAGCUAAACUUCGGACUACAGUGAAGAAGAUCGUUGGACGUUGCCAACACUGCAAAGUUUACAAAUCGCUCCCAAAUAUUCCGAGAAUGGCACCUCUGCCUUCAGCAAGGUUGUCAGCAUUCGAGAGACCUUUUUCUUACGUUGGAGUUGACUUCUUUGGACCAAUCCUUGUGACCGUGGGGCGAAGUAGCAAGAAGCGAUGGGUCGCAUUAUUUACAUGCCUUACGAUAAGAGCAAUCCAUCUUGAAGUAGCGCAUAGUCUCAACACGGAGAGUUGCAUAAUGUGCUUUCGACGAUUUGUCGGGCGCAGAGGAGCACCAUUGGAAGUGUACUCUGACAACGGGACCAACUUCCACGGUGCCGAGAAAGUAUUGCGACAGCAGAUCGCUGUUGGACUUGCAGACACCUUUACCAACACAAACACGAAGUGGUUAUUUAAUCCUCCUUCAGCUCCGCACAUGGGUGGUGCCUGGGAGAGGAUGGUGCGCUCGGUAAAAAACGCUCUCAAAUGCAUCGAUACGGGAAAAAAACUGAGUGACGAAGGAUUGUUGACGCUAGUAUCUGAAGCGGAAAGCAUCGUUAACUCCAGGCCACUAACAUAUCUCCCUCUGGAGUCGGUAGAGCAGCAGGCGUUAACACCGAACCAUUUUUUACUCGGCAGUUCAACAGGAGUGAAGCAACCUGUAGCGAAUCCAAUAGACCAUCGGGCAGCGCUCAGAGGUUGUUGGAAUCAGAUUCGUCACCAGUCAGACUUGUUUUGGUCUCGGUGGCUCAAAGAGUACUUACCAACUAUUUGCAGGCGCACCAAAUGGUUCAACGAUACCAAGUCAAUAGCUGUGGGUGAUCUCGUCAUCAUAGCCGACGGCGGUAAGCGGAACAGCUGGGUGCGUGGACGAGUGAUCGAAAUCCAGCCCGGAGCAGAUGGAAGAAUACGUAGGGCCAGCUUGCAGACUUCGGCAGGAAUUAUGAAACGACCAGUGUCAAAGUUGGCGAUCUUAGACGUGGAUGAUUCUUGUAAAACAGCGCCUGAAACGCAGUGUUACGGGGGGCGGAAUGUUACCACCGGCAAUUCUGACAGCACUGCCAACGGGUCGAUGGGGGAUGAUUAG